AUGGGAUCUCAAGAAGGUGGUAGUGAUAGCAAUGGGGAGGCGCAAACCCAAACCGAUGACCCGUUAUACAACCCGCUGGCCCGGCAAGGAUCUUUAUACGGGCUCACUUUCGAUGAGGUGCAAAACCAGCUAGGUGACUUAGGAAAGCCUCUUGCCACUAUGAACCUUGACGAGCUUCUGAAAACGGUGUGGACUGUUGAGAAUGGCAACCAAGAAGCCGGGCCCACUGAUAAUGGGCUGGGCCCAGACCAUUUCCCGGACAUCAUGCUGCCGACUGAUCUGAGCAAGAAGACGGUAGACCAAGUGUGGCAGGACAUCCAGCAGCAGCAACAGGGGCAAAAGAGGAAUUUACUCGACCGGAAGGCGACACUUGGCGAGAUGACAUUGGAAGACUUCCUGGUCAAAGCGGGUGUGGUGGCGACCGGGUCAAUGAGGAAUGUGGGCCCGACACAGGGGCCCGAAGAUUCAGUAGAAGUUCUGACGACUCAGCAGGCCCAGUGGAUGAUGAACUAUCCGGCAGUUUUCGUGCCAGGUCAGCAUAGCUACCCGGAAAGUCAAAUGAUGAUGUCAUCCCCCUUGUUGAUGGGCGCUUUAUCCGACACUCAGAGUCCGGUCCGAAAACAGGAUGAUAUAGCUGAAAAGAGUGUUGAGAGGAGGCAGAAGAGGAUGAUCAAGAAUCGGGAAUCUGCUGCUAGAUCACGAGCAAGGAAGCAGGCUUACACGCAUGAGCUGGAGAAUAAGGUUACUCGUCUGGAGGAGGAGAACGAGAGGCUCAAGAGACGAAAGGAAUUUGAUAAAACAUUGCCUAGCAUACCAUCACCAGAGCCAAAAUUUGACAAGAUUAUCAACAAGGAAAUACCGGCAAACGUCGUGUACGAGGAUGACAAGGUUCUAGCAUUCAGGGACAUAACUCCGCAGGCACCAAUACACAUCCUGCUUAUUCCUAAAGUGAAGGAUGGAUUAACUGGAAUUUCAAAGGACAAGGAGAAUAUGGAAGGAUUAAUGAUGACACUGAAGAUUAUGAGAGAACUGUUCAGGUGA